AGCGGGUCUUGGUUGAAUAGUGGAUCUUGGUUGAGAAACUCAUAGAUAGAGAUUGAUCUGUUUGCUCUCCGCUUAGUGGUUUCUUACUCGGUCUCCUCAUCUGAAUAGAUGGUCGCACGCUUCAACUAGAAUCCAAACCAUAGUAGAACGGGGGCUCAAAAGGAAACUUCAGAGCUGGAAUAUAUAAUCUCCAGUAGUACACUUAGCCCUUCGGCCUUAUUUCAACUUGAACAUGAAUUUGCAGCACAUUUUGGCGUUAUUAUAUUAACAUAAGCAUUGAACACUGACGGCUAGCCCAUACAUGCAAACACAAGAAAUCAAACCAAACAAAGACACUUAGCAUAGGAGUAGAUCGGAAUCAAACUAAGACAAAGAACACCUGACAUGAAAACAAAUGUCUCCAGACACUUAUUGAAUUUAAACCAACCUUAGAAAACUAAAAAGAGUCUACGGACUCUUCUAUUCUAGCGAGAUGCUAGACGAAUAAAGAGCACUUGCUGCUCCACCCGCAGCGCUUCCUGCCUCUCCUCCAAACCCUCUAUGCGCUCUCUGGUAGCGCGAAUGCGCGCUUCUUUCUUUGCAGGAUCCAUUGUUCUAACACUUCUCAACUGGUUGUUUAGCACUCUACGGUGCCCUUCAAUCUCAUUUUGCAGUUGCUCCGUUUCGGUAGCAAUUGCAGAAAGCCUGUUUGCGGUUGCAGCAUCCAUAGCAAUGCGUGCUAGUACUCAAUUUCUUUGUGAUGAAGUGAAGAUAUCUAUAUACCAUUUAUAGAGUGGUAGAGUAAUAUCGCCAUGCAGUACGAAUUGCAUGGCUGCAUGCAGCCUUUAUGAACAAACAAACUUUGCAGAGCCGUUUCACCUAAUCGAUUCCGUCGGCGGAUCAUCCACGUCACGAAUUGAAUGGCAGGCACAAUUCUUACUAGUUCUCCGCCCUACUUUUUUCAGUUGAAGACUAUCAGGCCUGGAAAUGGAAACUUUGGACCCGGGAGACGGUUUGAUGUCUCGUACAUAGCCAGCCCAGGGCGCUGCCCAUAAGGGUCACUGUAUGUAGGUUUUCAGCUCUAAGGUCCCCACUCAUCACAAUCGUUGGCCCUCAUCCCGCAUUGGAGCAUAGCGUUAGUAUCUUUCGGUGUAUCAACAACAUAGGCACCUGAUCUAUUUGAACUUUAAACCACAAGGGAAGUUUUCACAUAAGCAGCCUUUCUCCCGUUAAAAGGUGGGUACCUUUCCCUAAAUCCUUCUCCCGUGCAUGCUAUUCUCCUGUUCCCCCGAAGGGCGGUAUCAAUACGGCAACCCGAAAGCUCGUUAUCAAAGUGGUCUCUUCUCAAAAGCUUAUCUGCCAGAUGAAAACAAGUUCGUAGUAACAGGUGGCCGUUGAGCUCCUAGUUUGACUGUUGGUGCCAGACUAGAAUGGAAGAAUGCCCAUAAUACUGAAAUGCAGAAGAAUACCUCACUAAUAAGAAAUAGAGCAACACCCAUUGUGCUUCCUUUCUUUUACUAGAGAGAGUAGUCCAAGCCUCUAAAUAUCUUGAGGGCUUUGUGUUGGAUCUGAUGGUUGAGCCUUUGUUCUUUGCGAGCCUUGCCUUUCUCUUUUUUGCUCUGCUGUGGAGUUCUUUGAUGGUCUAUCUUCGCACCUGGCGCUUCUGGCGCUUUCUUCCUUCCACCUUCCUCUUGUACUCGACUCUUCCCCGAUCACUCCCCAACAAAGGCUUGCUCGUCUUCGUCAUAGUCCAAACUCUUUCUCGUGUGACUGUGGUGCUUUCUUGAGCGAUGACUUGGGAGGGUUCCGGUCACCCCUACCCGGGCAGACAACCUCCCUCAUUCACAUCAGAAAUGGCAAAGAUUCCAUUUUGGAAAGUCAAUCUCUUUUUGUAUAGAUAUAAAAUAGCAAAAGUACGGUUCGGAGUCUUUUCUUUCUUAUUUGAAAUCCAAAUCGAAAUGCCUCAACUUGAUAAAUUAACUUAUUUCUCACAAUUUUUCUGGUUAUGUCUUCUCCUCUUUACUUUUUAUAUUCUCUUAUUUAAUAAUAAUAAUGGAAUACUUGGAAUUAGUAGAAUUCUCAAACUACGGAACCAACUGCUUUCGCGCCGGGGGGGCGAGAUCCAGAGCAAGGACCCUAAGAAUCUGGAAGAUAUCUCGAGAAAAGGUUUUAGCACCGGUCUCUCAUAUAUGUACUCCAGUUUAUCCGAAGUAUCCCAAUGGUGUAAGACCGUCGACUAUUUGGGGAAAAGGAGGAAAAUCACUCUGAUCUCAGAUUUCGGAGAAAUAAGUGGCUCACGAGGAAUGGAGAGACAGAUUCUCUAUUUGAUCUCGAAGUCCUCAUAUAACACUUCUUCCAGUCGGAUCACUUGUUGGAAAAACAUAAUGCUCACACAUGUUCCACACGGGCAAGGAAGCAUAGUAUUAUGAUGAAAAUGAAUGGAAUAC